AUGAGGACAUCGCCAUCAGAAUCUGGACCUUUUAUUAGAUGACUUGGACUGUGUCCUGCUGGAUUAACCCCAACACUCCUGAAAUACAAGGAUAUCUGCCUAACAGAUCGCUGAAAGGAGGAAUUACUUUCCUGGUUUGGAGUAGAAUUUGAUUAAAUUUCUUGGCUAAGAAGAAGCAAAUCUAGCUGCUUUUCACCGAGGUGUGGAUUUGUGAUUUGGCUUUACCAUGGCUUCCUGCGUCACCCGUAACAUCAGAGUGCUGGUGGCCAUUGUGUGUGGGCUGCUGACAGUCAUCAUUUUGGGACUAACCAUCUGGAGGACCGUGAUGAGGAUCCAGAGAGGAACAUUUGAUCUCCCAUCAAGCCCCCCUGUAGAAUUUUGCAGGAAUGGUGGAACCUGGGAAAAUGGCAAAUGCAUUUGCACAGAAGAGUGGAAAGGGCUGAGAUGUACAAUUGCUAAUUUCUGUGAAAAUAGUACCUACAUGAGUUUUACUUUUAACAGAAUUCCAGUGGGCAGAUAUGGGCCUUCUUUACAAACGUGUGACCAGAGUACUACAAACGCUGGCAAUCCAAUAGCAAUCAGGCUGUGCAGUCUCUCUCUCUACGGAGAGAUAGAACUCCAAAAUGUGAUCAUAGGAAGUUGCGAUGAAAAUCUGGGAACCCUGGAAACGCAGAUAGAUGAUAUUUCAACAAACUCUAGGAAUAUUUCUACUGAAGCCCAGAUUUUAACAUCUGAUGCCAAUAAGUUAACUCCUGAGAAUAUCACUUCUGCUACUAAGGUGGUUGGACAGAUCUUCAAUGAAUCCAGAAAUGCUGACCCUGAGGCUAAAAAAGUUGCUGUAACAACAGUGAGUCAACUUCUGUGGGCCAGUGAAGAUGUUUUCCAAACAGCUGCCGCUACUGAUAACCAUGAUGCUUUUGCAACGCUUAUUGAACAAGUGGAGACUUAUGCCUUGACUUUGGGCAAUGACUCCAUAGUGGAACCUAAUAUAGCAAUACAGUCUGUUAAUCUAGUAGACCCAACAUGUACAAGUGUCCGCUUCUCUGUGUCGAAAGGAACAAGGGAUUAUCCAGCUUCUGGCCCAACAUCUGUGGAUACAAAUGUGGACAGACUUAAUCCAGACGGACAAACUGAACUUCAGAUCUUAGUCAAUACCAACUCAAAUCGUGCUACAUGUGGCUUCGUAGUGUAUCAAAACGACAAGCUUUUUCAAUCAAAAACUUUUACAAGUAGGUCAGAUUUUAGUCAAAAAAUCAUCUCAAGCAAAGUGGGUGGAAAUGAACAAGAUCUGAGUGCUUCUGUUAAAAUGAUCUUUAGUCCAAAGUACAACCAAAAAGAAUUUCAGUUCAAUUCCUAUGCCUGUGUCUACUGGGAUUUUUCAAAAAAAGACUGGGACACAUAUGGCUGUCAUAAGGACAAGACCAUCGAUGGAUUUCUGGGCUGCCACUGCAACCAUACUACUAAUUUUGCUGUAUUAAUGACUUUCAAAAAGAAUUAUCAAUACCCUGAAUCCUUAGAUGUGUUAUCCAGUGUCGGGUGUGCCCUGUCUGUUGCUGGACUGGCUCUCACGAUCGUAUUCCAGAUUGUCACCAGGAAAGUCAGAAAAACCUCAGUAACCUGGGUGUUGGUCAAUCUGUGUACCUCAAUGUUGAUUUUCAACCUUCUCUUUGUGUUUGGAAUUGAAAACUCCAAUAAGCACUUGGAGACAAGUGGUGAUGACAUAAAUGUUGACUCUGACAGUAACGAAAUGCCCACAAGAGACACUAUUGACAUCCCAAAUUCCUCGUGCACUGCAGCCGCCGCCUUUCUGCACUACUUCCUGUUAGUGACAUUUACGUGGAAUGGACUCAGUGCCCUCCAGCUCUAUUUCCUUCUAAUUAGGACCAUGAAGCCCUUUCCUCGGCAUUUCAUCCUUCUGAUCACUUUAGUUGGAUGGGGAGUCCCAGCCGUAAUAGUGGGAGUCACGGUGGGAAUUGUUUAUUCUCAGAAUGCGAAUGAGUCACACUGGGAACUAGACUAUCGGCAAGAGGAAAUCUGCUGGCUGGCAACAUCGGAUAGCAAUAGUUUUAUAACGAGUUCAUUUUUAUGGUCAUUCAUCAUGCCUAUAACCAUUAUCCUUAUUGGUAAUAUUGUUAUAUUUGUUAUAAUCACGGUCAAAGUGCUAUGGGAGAAUAACCAGAAUCUGACCAGCACAAAAAAGAUUUCAACCCUAAAGAAAAUUCUUAGCACAUUAUCCAUUGCAGUCAUUUUUGGAAUUACAUGGAUUUUGGCAUACUUUAUGCUAAUUAGUAAUGAUGAUGUCAGAAAUGUCUUCAGCUACAUAUUCUGCCUUUUCAACUCUACUCAGGGUCUGCAGAUUUUUAUCCUCCACACUGUUAGAACAAAAAUCUUCCAGAAUGAGGCUUCCAAAGUGUUGAAGUCACUGUCCUCGUCUGUUGGCAAAGUGAAGUCACGGUCUCCACUGAUCCCACUGAGGAUACGCUUAAGGAUGUACAGUCUGCUUAGAUCUUUGCCAGCCCUACACGAACGCUUCAGGCUCCUGGAGCCAUCUGCAGUGACUGAGCAAAUGACACUGACUGAAAGUGACAAAGAAAACCCAAGCAUCUAGGCAGUGAAACUGUUACCUGUUAUGGUCUUUUUACCCAAGUUAUGUGAAUUUUACAUUUCUUUCCUUCAGUUCCUGGUCCUCCCAGAAAGUCUCCCUGUAUAUGUCAGUUACUUUCUCAUCGCUGAGACACAAUAUCUGAUGCCCACAACUUAAGGGAGGGAAGGUCAGUUUGGUCCAUGGUAAUAGUCCAUAGCUGACUGGCUUCCAAGGCAGAACAAGGCAUGGUAGAGGUGCAUAGUGGACGAAAAUCUGCUCACAUCGUGGUGGCCAGUCAGGAGACAGAGAGGGAGGACACAAGGGAUGCGCCCUUCCAAGUCACACUCUGUGGCCCCUCUCUUCAAAGCAGACCCCGCCUCCCACCAGCAAGUCAGCUGCAGUGUCCCAUGAUCCAACCGCUUUUCAAACUCCUCACCUCUGAGAACGUGAGAGCUUUAGGGUUUGAUUUAACCAUAACUCAAUAUUUUUCUCAUGAUUAUGAUAUAGGUAAAACUCACUGUCUUCAGGACUAAUGGAUUUGGUAGUUUUUAUAGUAUUCAGUAGAUGCUUACUUGAAUGAGGUGAAUAAUUCCACUCAGCGUUCAAGAUGGUCAUUUAUUCCUGAUUUCAUUAGGUCUGUGUGAGACACUUUGACCAAAAUGUAGAACUUAUAAUGAAUGUAUAAUUUAUAAUUUACUAGAAAGGGCAAGAGGAGGAAAAUUGAUUUUCUAGAACAAAAUGUCUCCUGAUGAAGUAGUUACUUGUAUUUAUCAUACUUCUGAUCUCUAAAUAUUUUUUAAAGUUGUACAUACAUCCUCAUGCUUUUAUUUAAAAUAUAGAAUUUGGCAUCAAUUUAACCCCUGCAGAUACAUAUUUUUCUGUUAAAACAUGUUUUGCGACCAGAGAAAUUGGCUUUGUAAGAAAUGGGCGGGGAAACAUAGUAAUGGGUUGCUCAAUUUUCUUAUAAUUCUUUUUAAAUUUUCGCUUUUAUUGAUGAUGGACACAGACUUACAUAGUGAAAAGUUAGUACAAUCAUCCCUAUGGCUUUUAGAAGAUCUAACUGCUCAGGAAAUUUCAAGCAUGUGAAUUGUGAAUGACUUCCUAAAUACAAAAGCACUCACUUCAAGAGAAGAGCACUCCGACUGGACUCAGCAGUUACAGCAUGCAAAUUGCUACUUUCUGUUUUGCCAUGAGCUAAGCAGCUGUGAGCGCACUGAGCUAACAUGCGAAUACGUGUUAUGUAACCUCAGCAUGUUCUCCUCACUGCUCCCUAGAGAACAAGAAUUUGGGCAGACAUGAGGUAUGACUGAGAAACACUCUCCAUGUUCAAUUUCUUGAAGAUUACUCGAGUAGAAGACACAUUGCUCUUCAUCCUCCUGCCUCCAGAUGCUUAUCCCAGGGUUCUCGCCGUUUUCUAAAGCAGUUCUGGCAGACCUCUUUGUGAGUGUCUUCAGUUGCGCCAUCAUGGCUUCCUCAAUGUCGUGAAACAAUUCAAGUCAUUUACCUUUUGUUUUGACUUUGGGGAAUACCUGGAAGUUUCACAGUGCUAGAUCCCAGGAAUAAGAUGGAUGAAGACACACUGUAAUGCUUUUAUGAGUCUGCCUUUUCUCUGGGUAGCUUUUGGCAGCGACAUUCACCACAUUUUUCUGUCAUACUUCCUAAAGACACUCAUGAAGGAGGACUUCCAGAAAUGCUUCAGAAAAUGGCAAGAAUGAUGGGUUAAAUGUGUUGAAAGUGUGUGUGUUCAUGAUGGUGGUGGGUGUGCUUUCAGAGGGAUUAACUGCCAUGUGUCUUUUACUGUACAAAUUUUUAAAAUUUAAAUAGUCACCGUAUAUUUUAAUCACACUUUGUAGUUACAAAUGACUAUUGAAUUACUAGGCAAGCCACACAAGCCUACUUAAUCCACAGUAUAAGUGAGACCUUGUAGGAGAAUGAGAAAAAGUAAAGGGAAGAGAAUAAAGAAGAAAAGCCGUUCUCAAAGGCCAGUUCUUCAUGGUAUUACAGUGCUAUAUCUAGAUAGGAACUAGACACACAGAAGAUUACAAGAUGCAGCUGAUUUAAAAACUUUUUUCAGAUGAAAAUAUAUCAUAAAUAACAAUCACUUUCAAUGCAGAAAAAAUCACUAAAGAGCCAUGUUUAAUCUGAGGGUGGGGUGUAUGUGUUUCUUUUAGUGAUUAUAGUUGUUUUCUCUGCAUUUUUAAAGUAUACUUGGCAUAUAGCACUUAAAAUUCUACAUAAUGUUCCUAACUGUACCAUAAAUGUGCAGUUGUGGAGAUUAAUUCAUGUGAUAUUUUUCUGCCUACCUUGAAACCCUACCAGUAGGAGAUAAUUCCUUUGGUUUGAACGUUUAUCUCAUGUACUAGUCAGCAACCCUUUAGUUUAGUGAUAGAAAUCCUACUCAAACUAGGGUUAAAGGUCAGAGGGAAAUUACUGGCUCAAUUAACAUGAGGUCCAAGGAUCAAGUCGGUUUUAAGCAGCGUGCCUCUGUGUUCCUGUUUGCCCGGGCCAGACUCAGCUUGUGCCUGUUAUCCUAAGUACACAGCGGCCCCUUCUGCUUUCAGGUAUCCUGGUCUGGGACAUGAAACAUGACGAUGCUAACUUUAAAUGCAGGUAGAGCAAGGAGUUCUAAGAAUGUGUCAGGAUUUUUUUCUCUAUUUCUGUGUGCUUCAGUUUGACAUUAUUCUCAAAUGAGGUUUAAGCAUCUCAGAAUUGGCUAUCGGCUUCCCCAGUCCCAUAGCCCUACAAUGUAAAAGAGAGACCUCUUUACUGUUAACACCCAAAAAUCCAAUCUCAUUAGAAUGACUCCAAUUCUAGUUAUUGCUCCAGCGGGAAAACAGAAAACACAGGACUUAAAAUAGAGGGUAUUUAAGGCAUCAGGUUGGUUCCUUGAUGUUUAAAAAACUCAGAGAUAAGUGGAAAAUACUGCAGAAACUGGGAUUAGAUAAAGGAGAAAACUGGUACCUAUCUUAGGCCAGAGAUAAAGUAAGAAGAAUUUGCAGAGUCGGUAUCUGAACGGAAAAGAGGGACGGUCAGCGGUGGAACCUGGAACCGAGGAGACGCGGUAUGCCCUGGCCAGGGAAGGAGGGAGCACAAGAGGGAGAAACAGUGACUUUCUUAAGGGCUAGAGUCUCUCACUGGCCUCGGCGUGCCAAAACCAGUACAGCCACGCGGGAGCUCAGGCCUUCUGUGAUACAGAGGACAGCAGGACGGGGAGUGGAAAGGACCAGAGGACAAGCAGGCCCACAAGGGGCGUAUUCUACCCAGGACAUGUGCCAUAGCUUUGUGUUUACAGAAUGUGGGUCCCGCCUGGGCCGUGGACCCACUGUAAAGGAGAAGGAUGGAUAAAUAGAUUGACAAGAUAUCACAGAGUAGAGAAUGGACAGUUACACCAGUUUUAUGGCAGCAAAAUGUUAAAGAGCUUCUACUACAUCUAAUAACACAUACAUAUCUUCUAUGUAAUGAAUCACUUUAAGGAUUUACCAGUCAGUCAUUUCUCUUAUCUGAGCAGGACUAGAAUGGGACCAGUAGGAGAACAAGCAACUGUUUUGUGUGUGGGAAGUCACAGAGUAAGAAGAGUGAAUAGAGGAAUGGAAGGGUGACUGACAGAAAAUUGCAGGAAAGAAAUUCAAGGCACCUUGGGACUUGUUUUCAUGAUAUUGUGUAUGGCCAGCUCCAAUUUCUGUACUUUCUGAUUUGUGUGAUAAUAGUGCCCCACUGCCUUUUGUGGCUAUGACAACACAUAUGGGAUCUGGGGGGAAACACCAUCUGGAUUUUAGAACUCCUUUCCUGGAUUUUAACUAAGAAUUUAGAGUUCAGUGACCGACUGUCAGAUCCCAGAUUGCCUCUGCUCUUACUCUUCCCAUCUUGAAGUUUUCUUGUCUCUUAUUUUCCUGUCACUAAUGAAGAGAAACCAUUCUCAAGCUCAUUGUUACCAGCUUCUCAUUCAUUGCCUCAUUCCAGAAGAGGUUUGCAUUUUUAGAAAUCUAAAAAAUUUAGGUUAAAACAUUUAGAAAAUCUAGGUCAAAAGUAUCAACUGUGAAAUCCCAUUAAAGGUGACCUCCACCCUUCAGUUCAUGAUUUCUCAGAUGAGGUCCAAGACAGCACCAGCAUAACGUCCUCAAAGGAAUGGACUUGGGAGAGGAGUGGUAAUCACUAAAAGAAAACUGCUAUAAUAUUUCAAUUUUAAAAGAUAAAUACAACUCAAUAGCCAAAACCAAAACAAAACAAAUAAAAAACCAGAUAACCUGAUUAAUAAGUGAGCAAAGAACUGGAAUAGAUAUUUUUUCCAGUGAAGGCAUAUAAAGAGAUAACUGAUGCAUGAAAAAAUGCUCAAUAUCACUAAACAUCAGGGAAAUGAAAAUCAAAACCACAAGGCGAUAUCACUGCAUACCUGUCAGUACGGGUAUUAUUUAAAAGAUAAUAGACAUUAUGUGUUGACAAGAUGUAGGUAAAAGCACUCUUGUAUACUGCGGAUGGGAAUGUGAAUUGGUGUAGCCAUUACUGAAAAUAGUAUAGCUCUUCCUCAAAAAAUAAAAAAUAGAACUACCGUAUGGUCCAUCAAAUAAAGAUACUUGUAUUCCCACACUUGCAUGAUAUUAUUUAUAAUAACAAAAAUAUGGAAACAAUUAAGUACCUAGUGGUAUCUGAACAGAUAAGGAAGCUGUGGCACACACAAACGCUCCUUGACUUAGGAGGGAUGUAUAUUCUGAUAAACUCAUUAUACAUUGAAAAUUUCUAAGUAGAUUGUAGGUGUGAUACACCUAGCCUACCAAACCUCUAACUUAGCUUAGCCUACCUUAAACAUCUUCAGAACACUUAGAAUUAGAUGAAAGUUGGCCAAAUCAUCUAAUAUACUGUAAAAUGAUUUUUUGGAUACUGUACAGCACACUAUAGAGUGUCAGUUG